CUAGAGAGAAAACGUUGCAAUAUGGUAUCCACAACAGUUACUGAGUACAAGUCAAGUUCUGUCUAGCUAUUUGUAACAUAUUAAUUAAUUAUUUAAAAUCUACAGCGAACAGCCUAGAUAAUAUCUGAUAUCGAUCACAACACGCUCAACCGUACAGCGCCAUGCAUCUACAUGUUUACGCCAUACCACUCCAUCACAUCUCUUCCUCGAUCUUGUUUCACGAAUCACGUGAUUACAAAACGCAAGACAACUAGUCUACAAAAUACAUCUAGAACACGAUCUACUACACAGGAUCAUAAAAUUCAGACUUGAGCACGUGAGUGAGCACAUGUUUACGUUUCUCGGCAAUCAACAUAUCCGAUUGUAAGAAAACACACCGAACAUCACACAAUACAAUGCUAGUAGCAUGCGCACAGCGUACGUAGCUUGAGUAUUCUCAACUGCCUUGUCAUGCAGUUUCCACCUGCUUGUAGUUAAUUACUUUAUCGGUCCUUCUCAGACUUGCAUGCUUUCCUAAUCAAAUUACCGUACACAAAUUUGGGAUAUUUUUAUUACAGUACGAAAACACAUAGCACGCUUAUCUCUGUGUGGUAGUCGUUACAGAUUCGUCUCUCUGACCUGCAAACUACAAAACAAGCAAGUCUGGAUGUCGAGACCAAUACUAAUUCUACUCCUUCAGCUCGUUACGAGUCACUAUCAAGUGUCCGCACAAUCCAAAAGGGCGUGUACAGCCAACGAGUUCAUCUGUACUGAUGGCCAGUGUGUGUCAUCUGAGAAGAGAUGCGACGGAAACUUCGAUUGCAGUGACCGCUCUGACGAAAACUGUUGUGAUCAAAACAGCAAUUCUGGCAAAGAAUUUGUCCUCGGAUUUAUGAAAAACUACGAUUCACAAGGAGAUAUCUACCUUUUCCUGACAUCACCCAAAUCUCUCAAUUAUACUGUGGUGGCACCAAGACAUGGUAUCUCACAGUCAGGAUUUCUGUUGGCCAACACUCUUGUCUCUGUACAACUUAAUACAUCAUUGCUUAUGCCUCAUGGCAUCAGUGACCGAGGAAUAUUAGUUAGGUCGACAGAAGAUAUGACUGUGUAUGGUCUCAAUCAACAAAAAUACACGACUGAUGCUUUCUUAGCUCUUCCUACAUACAUACAAGGUCUACAAUAUGUUGUACCCUCAUACAGUCAACUAUCAUCAUCACACCAAAGCCUGAUUGGUAUAGUAGGCAUUCACAACAAUACACAAGUCACAAUUACGUUGGCCUCCACUGCUAGCGAUGGUACUACAUCCCAUAAUGCCAGUGCUAAUGUUACAUACACAAUAAAUUGGAUGGAAACAUUGCAACUUCACGGAUAUGACCUGACGGGAAGCCGUGUUUAUUCAGACAAAACAGUUACAGUGUUUGGAGGACAUGAAUGUGCAAAUAUACCUGUAGGCAAAGGCGCUUGUGAUCAUCUAGUGGAGCAAGUCCCUCCAAUAACAACGCUUGGUAAACAUUUUGCCACUGUACCAUUAGCAACAAGAACUGCAGGAGAUAGAUUUCGUGCAAUAGCAUCAAAAGAUGGCACCAACCUUACAAUUAAUGGGCAGUUGCAGGCAUCCAAUUUGCAAGCAGGACAAUUCCACGAAUUCACAACUUCUUCUACCACUUUCCUGUCCAUUGAAGCCACUCAACCAAUACUACUAAUGCAGUACUCACAAGGCUCAGCUGUUGACGAUACAAUUUCUGACCCAUUCAUGUUGAUGAUCCCUCCAGUUGAACAAUACAGAUCAAGAUAUAUCAUCAGUACGCCACCAGAUCAGCCAGUACCAUUCAGUAACUACUUGGCGAUCAUUGUAACGGAUGACAGAAAGGAUGGACUGAGACUUGAUGAUCAACCAUUAAAUUCUUCUGUCGUGUGGAACAAUAUUCCUGGUCAGACACUUGCAGGAGCUAAUGUACCAAUAUCGAUAGGAUCGCACACCAUCCAUCAUGUGGAUAAGAGCAACUUUGGACUGAGUAUCUAUGGUUUUGAAGAUUACGAUUCAUAUGGAUAUCCUGGAGGACUGCAACUGAAGGCACAGUGUGUUGUACAAACUCCUGAUCAAAUUACAGAUAUAAACGAGUGUGCUCUAAAUAAUGGUCGAGGUCCCUGCCAAUACGCGUGCACUAACACAUUUGGAUCGUUCCAGUGUUCUUGCCAACAAGGUUACUUCUUACAAGCUGAUCGAGUUUCAUGUCGUAAAUCUCCUCAGCAGUGUCUUUGUUCGAGCAAGGGCAAUGGCAUAUGCAUAAGGGGUGGUUUGUGUGAAUGUCGAUUAGGAUGGGGUGGUCCAACUUGCUCAGAUCCACAAUGUCAUCUUGUUAAUCAUUGCUCUGGCAAAGGAAAGUGCAUUGCACCCAACAAAUGUCAAUGCAACAGAGGUUGGACAGGAUUUGCCUGUGCUGUCAGUACUUGUCCACAGUUCACCACGUGUGCUGCUUGUUCUGAGGUACCCCACUGUGGCUGGUGCGACUCACAAAAGAAGUGCAUGACAGGGACAGGAUUUGGACCAUCAGACAAAGACACUUCAUGCCCUGAAUGGUUUUUCUACAGUUGCAUAAUUGUGAAAAAUUCUUCAGUUGACGGAAAUACCAUCACCUCAUCCAACCCUUUCUCUUACCGAAUUCAAGUAAUUGACUGUGAUGAGACAUGUAUUGUCUCGGCACACCUUGAUAACAGCAUUUCAACUCCAGGAAGUCAAAUGUUUUGUGAUCGGCGUAAACGAGCCUGUAGAAGCUUGUCUAACUGCUAUGAAAAACGUUCAGACUUAUCAUGUGCUAUGACCAACAAUGUUGUCUGUCGUGUCCAUUCUGAGUCACAAUGUCCAGGUGGUCAACCACAAUUUGAUGACCGACUUAUUGUUGGCCCAAAAAAUCAAUCAACUAUAAUAACAGGAGGAGGAAAUGAUGAUCCUGGAGAAAUUGUGAUCAUUCCAGAAGGUGUUGACAUUCCAAAUACAAGAAUAGAUUUCAUGUUUCACGUCUACUGUGCCACCUUCCAAAACCUAUCUAAAUGGAACAACUACGGCUGUUUCUGUGAUUCAUCUAAGACGGCAGACUUGGUAAUAGACAGACAACCAGUUGAUGAAACAGACAAGUGCUGUAAGGAACAUGACAAAUGCUAUUCUGCUGCUCCAUCCAGUUGUGACUGUCACAAAGUACAAUUGUUUGCAUACAAAGCAGGAUGUAACAACUUAGCUAAAGGAUUCUGUGAAGAUGUGUUUCUCACCAGUCAAAAUGAUGAAUGCAAACGUUACUGUUGCCAAUGUGAUUUCACUGGAGCUGAAUGUCUUGCACACAGAAGAAACACAAAGACAGACAUACUGUGGCGUAAUUGGUUAGACCCAACGAAAAGCCAAUGCAAUCAGAGGUGUGGAAAAGUUCCAGGAUGUGACUGCAAACCAGCAUGUUCUGGCAACGGAUUUAUUGAGAGUGUGGGACGUGAUUCAUUCUGUCUCUGCUUUCCUGGAUGGCAAGGACAAUGCUGUGACCAGCCUGACUGUUCCUGCCAUAAUUCUAAUUAUCCAGACUGUUCAGGAAAUGGUGUUUGUAGAGCAGCAAUAGCAGACAAUAAUCCAAGCUGCUCUUGCAGCCAAGGCUGGAGAGGAUCUUGCUGUGAGAACAGAAUACCUGUGAGAAGGUCAGGAGACCCGCAUCUAUCUACAGCUGAUGGACUUGAAUUUGAUUAUUUUGGAAUCGGAGAAUUCUGGGACUGCAGAAGCAAGGAGAAUGACUUUGGUGUACAGAUAAGAUUUUUUGGUUACAAAACAACGUCCUUCACUGGUGCAGUUGCUAUCAAGACAGGAAACACCACAACAACCAUCUACACACUCAACAACACCGCUGGACAAACCCACUUGCCCAAACUAAGGAUAAAUGAAACACUUGUGAAUGAUACUUGGGAUGAUUAUCCUACUGUCUACACCAUAGAUUCAGAUUAUGCGAAACUUUAUGUACAACCAACUAGAACCAAUGGCUCUAUAGUGCAGUAUCUCUUCCAAUUCAAUUCUGGUGCCACAUAUACAGUAGAUGUUCGAUACAGCGACAUGCUGGAAAGACAAUAUAUUGACACAGAAAUAGGACUGGUUGCAUCCUUCCUACAUCAGACAGAAGGUCUGUGUGGGUAUAUGGACAAUCACAUGGACAACGAUUUGGUCACACCUGAUGGAAGACAGCUGACCAACACAACAGACUUUGCAGAAUCAUGGCGUGUUGACCUGAGUGCUACCAAAAUAGAUGACAAUGUAUGGUCAUGGACAUACUCUAACUUUCACCCAGAUGAUCCACUUGAUUCUGCAUACACAAAUCCAUAUCACAGAACUGUAUAUGGGACAGAACAGUUAGAUAGCACAAAAAGAAAAGAAGCGGAACGAGAAUGUGCUGCCCUUGUAUUGCAAGGAAAGCUUCUUAACGAUUGCAUUCUGGAUAGAGCAUUGACUGGAGACAGCACAAUUAUACAGCAGCAAGCAUUCCAACAAGGAAAAUGUCCUAAUGAUUGCUCUAAUCGAGGCCAGUGCAGUAAUAGAUCAUGCAUUUGCAUAGACAGCUGGAUGGGUGAAGACUGCAGCCUAGGUGGCUGUGACAACUGUCCCACAAAUAGUCAGUGCAUUGAUGGAUUUUGCAAAUGCAAUUUUGGCUAUGUUGGGACAAAUUGCUCAAAAGCUACAUGUGAGAUGGUCAAAAAUUGUACUAAUGCAACACAUGGGCUAUGCAAGGCUCCCAAUGUGUGUCGAUGUAACCCGGGCUACCUGGGUGAUGAUUGCAGUACACCAGCAUUAUGUACUCACAACUGUUCACAUCAAGGCACUUGUGUUGGAGAUAAUAAGUGUCUCUGCUAUUACGGAUGGGGAGGAAGCACUUGCAACGACAAAACAUGCGAGAACUUGGCAUACUGUUCUGGUCAUGGCUCUUGCCGUUCAGAUGGAACUUGUCAGUGCAAUGCAGGCUGGCGUGGAAGUUCAUGUGAUCUGUUCAGUUGUGAUGGUGUCAGUGACUGUUAUGGUCAUGGAGACUGUGUUGAAGCAGACAAGUGUAGCUGCCAUGUUGGUUAUACAGGAGUAGCUUGCAACAUCUCUACUUCAUGUCCAUCCAAACGAAAUUGCAGUGACAAUGGUGUGUGUAUAAAUGCAAACACUUGUCUCUGUUUCUCUGGAUACUUUGGUGAUGAAUGUGAAACAUUCGAAUGCAGUCAGGGAUGCUCAGGUCGAGGCACUUGUGAAGCACCGGAUAUCUGCUCUUGUAUACUUGGCUGGACUGGAUCAGACUGCUCAGUACCGUCCUGCGAACAACUACACUAUUGCUCAGGUAAUGGCAAAUGUGUUGGUCCUGACACUUGUCAAUGUGACGAUGGAUGGGGUGGACUGCUGUGUAAUGAUUUUGACUGUAGCUCUGGCAACAGAAGUGGCAAUUGCUCUUUUAAUGGCAACUGUAGUAGACCAGGAGUUUGUGCUUGCAACUCUGGCUAUUGCGGAGACGACUGUCAAUACCCAAUCAUAAACGAGUGUGAGGGCCUGAGUAAUGGCACCAUGAUAUAUCCCUGUCAUCAAGUCUGCAUUGAUACUUGUGAAUCAUACAAGUGUACUUGCUCACCUGGCUAUAUCUUGAAUGAUGACCUUUCAACAUGUCAAGACAUCGAUGAGUGCAAUACAACUGCCUUUACCAUUCGUCUGAACAACUGUGCACAAAUGUGCUCAAAUAUUCCAGGAUCCUACUCCUGCAGCUGUAGUGCCGGUUACCAGCUUUCAAAUGAUCAAGGCUCUUGCGAUGAUGUAGAUGAAUGUGGCGUAAGUGACCAUUGCAGUCAGCAGUGCACAAACACAGUUGGCUCUUACAACUGCAGCUGCAGAAAUGGCUAUCGACUCAAUGAUGACCGAAUAACAUGUGAUGACAUCAACGAGUGCAAGGAAAAGAGUUCUGACUGCUCACACUUGUGUUUCAACACAAUUGGCUCAUUUGAAUGUGGCUGUACAUAUAAGAAGCUACUGGCAAAAGAUGGCAAAACCUGCAUAGACCCCCCAACUGCUUCUCCAAAAGAUUUCCUUGUUGGUGCAACACAAGCAAUAAUUUCAAACAUCUCUAGCGAAGAAUUUGAACGGCGUCAGUCACUAUUCUACCAAAACGUUACCCGAGAAGUGUGGAAUUAUUGUCAACUUCCUGCAAAUAAUCAAUGCGGCAAUUUCACUAAAGCCAAAACGGCAAACCUCUAUCUUCAAUUUGCGUCAACAGUCUCUUACAAUACCUCACUUGUGGUCACAUUCUAUGUUUUCUCCAUUGACGUUUCUACACAUGCGAUCUUCAUAAUUCCAGCUGAUCAAGUGGUUCUUGCUCUAGCUAACAGCACUGCACUACAAAAGGCUGGAUUCGAAGUAGUCAGAUUAGCUGUUGUAUUUCCACCUUCAACAGAAACACCUACAGAGAGUCCCGAAUCCAGUAGCACCUCUAACACCAUUUUGAUUGCUGCUGUAGUUGGAAGUGUUGGUGGAAUAAUCUUACUUCUCUUUGUCAGUUAUUGCAUCUACUGCUGCUACAAGAAACAAGGAAAGGGAUAUCUUAUCUAAGAUCACAGGACAAGCUGACAUGGGUGGUUUAUGUGUCUUUCAAUUAAGUUGCCAGAGUUGACUGAUUGUCUCGCUUAUAUGCUGAAUAUGGAAACUGACUCAUUCAAUUUGUGACC